UUCCCCAAGCAUCCACAAGAUCUGAGUUUAAAUCGAAUUCAAAUUUUCAAUCAAGGCUCCUCCUCCUUCGACGAACCCUAAUUUCUCGUCUUCGAUUAAGCAGAUUAGAGUUUGAUUUCUCCCGGUAUCCAGCAAUCAGCUGGAUCAUUCCGGAGGUGCUUGCGUCACUAGGUCAAUAUUCGAAGCAAUCCGCUUGGUUUUGAGGCCACUGCCUAGCAGACAGUGAAGAAACGCUAAGAACCUAGAUUCUCGGAAAUGCCACCUCGCAACCAGAACCGACCACCACGCAGCCCAUCCGCCAAAAAGGAAGGCGCUGCAAGCAUUCCCUUUGACAAGCGCAGGAAAUUGGAAAUGCAAGUUGCUGGUAGAAGACAAGUGCUUUCUACAAUGAACAGACAAGAUAUCUCUGCCAAUAGUGAUGUUAGCAGCGCAGAGGACCGUGCUAAAGUAGAAUUUACGAAAGAUGAAGUGGUGGCAUUGCUCAAUGAGAGACCAAAGGCCAGCAAGUUUGAUUCCAAGUCUAAGAUUGAGCAAAUGACGGAUAUUAUCAAGAGGUUGAAGAUGUGUGUCAAAUGGUUCCAACAAGUUGAGGAAACCCAUGUCCAGGAGAAGGAAAAUCUUCGCACUUCUUUGGAGUCUGCUGAAAAAAGAUGCAGUGACAGAGAUUUGGAGAUGAAGACGAAAGAAGAAGGACUGCAGGCAACUAUCUCACAGUUGAAAGAGCACAACAUGUCACUACAGGAGAAGUUGUCAAAGGAGGAGUUUGAUAAGCUGGGUGCGAUUGAAAAUCACAGGAGAGAGAAGGAAUUUAGAGCUGCAGCUGAUAGGCAGCGAGCUUCUCUGGAAGAAGAGCUUGAGAAAGUUAAGCAAGAGAAAAUGUCUGCCAAGGAGACGGCGAAGGCCCUAGAAGAUAACUAUAAAAGGUUGCAAGAAUACAACACAAGUCUGCAACAAUACAACAGUAAACUCCAGACAGAUCUUGAGACAGCUCGUGACGCACUCAACCGAGCUGAAAAAGAGAAGUCAAGUAUAGUGGAUAACCUUGGCACAUUAAGGGCUCACAGUAAAUCAUUGCAGGAUCAACUCAUAUCAAUUCGAUCUUCAGAAAAAGAUGCUGUAAAACAAAAAGAAUUACUGCUUACAGAUGUCAGUAGUCUACGAAAUGAGCUCCAACAGGUCAGAGAUGACCGUGAACGCAAAGCUGUGCAGUUGCAAAAGUUGUCAGAAGAGAUUGCCAAAUAUAAGGAGAGUGUUGGAAAAUCAUCUCAAGAGUUGGACAUCUUGAAUGAAAAAUCAGGAUCCUUGGAGGAAACAUGUAAAUUACAAAAAGAACGUAUAAAAGUGUUGGAGCAAGAAUUAGCUUUUGCCGAUGAGAAACAAAAGAUGGCAGAUGCAUCAAUAUCUCUGACCAGGACAGAGUACCAGGAGCAGAAACAACUUAUGUGUGAAUUGCAAGACCAUGUUGCUGACUUGGAGCAUCAACUUUGCGAGGGCGAGAUAAUGCGAAAGAAGCUUCACAACACCAUUCUUGAACUAAAAGGAAAUAUACGUGUGUUCUGCCGAGUGCGUCCCUUAUUACCAGACGAUGGUGGACGGCAAGAAGCGAGUGUGAUAGCCUAUCCUACUUCAACAGAGUCUCGUGGACGAGGCAUUGAUGUGAUCCAAAGUGGGAACACGCAUCCUUUCACGUUCGAUAAGGUUUUCAAUCAUGAAGCUUCUCAGGAAGAAGUAUUUUUUGAAAUAUCACAACUUGUACAGAGUGCCUUGGAUGGCUACAAGGUUUGUAUCUUUGCUUAUGGUCAGACUGGUUCUGGGAAAACCUAUACCAUGAUGGGCAGGCCUGAGGCACCAGAACAGAAAGGAUUGAUCCCUCGAUCACUUGAGCAAAUAUUCCAAGCUAGUCAAUCCCUUAGGGCACAAGGCUGGAAGUACAAAAUGCAGGUCUCAAUGUUGGAGAUAUACAACGAGGCUAUUAGGGAUUUGCUUUCUACAAACCGAACAUUUGCCACAGACUCGAGAGCAGAGAGUGGUGUUGCUGGAAGGCAAUAUACAAUCACACAUGAUUCGAAUGGUAAUACUCAUGUUAGUGACUUGACCAUAGUGGAUGUAUGCAGUACUGGACAGGUUUCCUCACUCUUGCAGCAGGCUGCUCAGAGCAGAUCUGUGGGUAAGACAAACAUGAAUGAACAAUCAUCGAGGAGUCAUUUUGUGUUCACGCUGCGGAUUUCUGGGGUGAAUGAGAGCACUGAACAACAGGUACAAGGCGUUCUUAACCUAAUUGAUCUGGCUGGAAGUGAGAGACUGUCAAGGAGUGGAGCAACUGGAGAUCGGUUAAAGGAGACACAGGCCAUUAAUAAAAGUCUGUCGGCCUUGAGUGAUGUUAUAUUUGCUUUGGCAAAGAAAGAGGAUCACGUUCCUUUCAGAAACUCGAAGUUGACAUAUCUGCUCCAGCCUUGCUUAGGCGGUGAUUCGAAGACGUUGAUGUUUGUGAACAUAUCGCCCGAUCCAUCUUCGACCGGUGAGUCUCUCUGCUCCCUUCGGUUUGCUUCCAGAGUGAAUGCCUGUGAGAUUGGAGUACCUAGGAGACAGACGUCAAUGAAACUCAUUGACUCUCGACUAAGCUACGGUUAACAGUUGCUUAUCCAUCCGUAUGUUUUCAUCUGUAUAACCCAUUUUACUAGUCCACAGCUCUUGUCUUGUGGGUCAUGCUACUCACUAUAUCCAUACUAAGACUUGUAUCUGAAUCUGGUGGGUUUAUGUUUCUGGAAAUCUCUUGUCGAAUGCUGCCAUAAAUGUUUAUUGUAUUCUUUUUUUAAUGUGUGGAAUCUCUUUGAUAUAAAAUCCA